AUUUUCAGGAAAGAAUGCCACUGAUAGCAUUGGAUCCAUUUGAUGGCUUAUUGGCACUUGCUCGGCAUACACCAAUACCAACCUUGAAUAGUUAUAUCAUCAUCAGUUUAUUACUAACUAUUGGAUCUGCUUUUUAUGCUAAACUGACUUUUGCAAAAAAUGAGACUGAAAGCCGUUUGAGAGGUAUUAAUGAAACCUUUCGAAAGACCGAUCCAGCGAGUGCCUUAUUGACAUCCGCACAUCUCCAACAGUUUUAUUAUGUAUUACUUCAUCCCACUUUUGGAUGGGUUUUUAUCAAUAUGUUUUGUGCAAUCUUAGCAUUUAUUGCGAAGUUAGCAACGCAUGCUACAGUCGGGAAACUAGGAACCCAAGAGUCAGUACUUUUACGUGAUCGACUGUGCAAUUUUUUACUUUACAAAGCAGUAUUUUUAUUCGGUGUGUUGAAUAGUGUUGUGCACGAAGAGGUUAUUGCAUGGGUCUUGUGGUUUGCACUACUUGCAUCAGUAGCUGCCUUACAGAGUAUUAUCGCUUACAAGUUGAAAUAUUUAAUUUCUUCAAUACCUCCAAGAGGAGUUUUAUUUCGUAUUAUGGGAUUGGCCAUUCUUUUACUGUUGGUAUCAUUCGCAUUUGUUUCAUUUGCAUUAACCGCUUUCCGUUUAUUUUCAGUCAGCAUCGCCUUGUUUAUGCUUGCUGAUGCUAUUAAGUCGCUAUUACGAAGUAUUUACGUAAUAUCCAAAUGUGCUCUCUUACUCGACAAUGUUUCGGUUUAUUUAUCAUCUAUCAAUUUUGCAACUUUAACAUACUAUCUGGAAUUUUUACAUGAUCUUGCUAUUGAUUGCAUCGAUUUACUGCAUUACACCCAUAUGCUGCUGUAUUCACAAGUCGUAUUAAGUAUGGCAUGCAUUGUGAUUUCCAUGCAAUUACGAUCAUUCUAUAAAUCAUUUGUUGCUCGUAUCGAACGACAUAUCAAAUAUAAGCGUAUUUGCAAACAUAUCGAUUUGCAUUAUCAGAAAGCGACACAAAUCGAAUUGAAUAAUUUGAAAGAUUGGUGCGCAAUAUGUUGGGAGCAGAUGGACAGUGCCCGGAAGCUUCCAUGCAAUCAUUUCUUUCAUGAGUGGUGUUUGCGAAGUUGGUUAGAGCAGGAUAAUUCUUGUCCAACUUGUCGGCUAGCACUGCCAUCUUUGAGUAAUCCAACAGUUACAGAAGGACCGCGAGAACGGUCGCGAGCUCCAGUAGUACAGCCUUUUAGCCAUGUCUUUCAUUUUAGUGGUACUCGUUACGCACGUUGGUUACCGUCAUUUUCUGUUGAAUUAUCGCAUAAUGUUGCACCCAAUUUCUUUCACCGUAACAGGUUUGGUGGCGCAGCUAAUUCACAGCUGAAUUCUUUGGCUGAACAAGUUCGAGAAAUGUUUCCACAGCUCGAAAUAGCUGCAAUUUUGGAGGACUUACGUGAAAGCGGUUCGGUACAGGCAACUGUGGAAAAUAUUCUAGACAGUCGAUUUCAACAACAAAAUAUUGCAUUUGAUUCAGAUCAGGAAAAUUGGAAUGACGUGGAUAUGCCAUCAUCUUCUAAUUCCUCAACGGAAUCAGUGGCUGAAUACGAAGAAACUUUGGCGUCAUCAGGCUCUUGUUCGGUAAAGCAUCGCGACAUCUUUUGCAAAGGAAAGAUGAAGUAUAUUGCAUCCCCUCGAGGUAAAGAUCUUCGAGAUAUCUAUGGUAAGGAUAUUCCAAAUAUGGGAAAUCCAGAUUCGUCAUGAAAACUGUUUGCAUUACUAGUCGUGUGUUAUGGCAUAAUUUAGGUUUUGCUGUGUGUCUUUUUGCAAGUUUUUCAUGGAUCUCAUUUUUUUGACGUAUUUUCCUCCAAAUAUACUGGAAAUUAAAACGGAAUUUAAAUAGAGCAGUUUGACGAUAUAAGACGAAAGCAAAUUCGUG